AUUAUUUAGGGCUCAUGCGAGGGAAGAGAGCGAUCACUUUAGGUAAGGGCUCGUCGAUUCUAAGGCGCUGGUUUCGAUCUGAUCGCCAAGAGCAGCAAAACCUCCAGGGAUCUAGCCGCCGAGAACAGCAACAUCAGCAGCCGCGUAGAGAACAGGGAAAUUUCGACAGCAAGUCAAGCUUUCUAGCGGCAGUGAAGGCGUGUAGUUGCGCCAAGGAUCUCCGAGAGGGCAGGCGCCUCCAUUCUAGCGCUGUUGCCAAUGGCCUCGCCUCGAGCAUCGUCGUGGCAAAUGCGCUGGUCAGUAUGUUCGCGAAAUGCGGCAGCCUUGCGGAUUCUCGCGCCGUCUUCGACGAGAUGGCGAUCCACGACGUGGUGUCCUGGAAUUCGCUGAUCCUGGGCUACGCAGAGAAUGGCGAGCCGGAAUCAGCAUUGGAACUCUUCGAUCGCAUGAGAAGAGAGGGUUUCAAGGCUGACAAUCGGACCUACGUUGCGGCCCUCAUGGCGUGCAUUGCUCUGGGCGCACAGGAAGACAUGAAGCGGCAGCACGGGAAGAAAUCUCUGGAAAGAAUGGUGGUUCUAGAGAAGGGUCGAGAGAUCCAUGCUCAAGCUUCCACCGCUGGCUAUGGAUCCAACAUCUACGUUGCAAACACGCUCAUCAACAUGUACUCAAAGCUUGGGUGCCUUGAGGAGGCUCGAGAGGUGUUCGACCGGAUUGGAAAGGAGGAGAGGAGCGUUGUGUCGUGGACCGCGAUGAUGAUGGGGUGUAACGAGAAUGGAGACGAGCAGGAAAGUUUGGAGCUCUUUCGGCAAAUGCAACGCCAUGGCUGUCCUCCCAACUCUCGGACUUUUGUCGCAGCGCUCAUGGCCUGUGCUGGAUUGGCCGAGAAAGCUGAUGGGAGUGACAAGGCCGAAUAUCUUGAGAAGGGACGAGCGCUUCAUUCACAAGCUGUGAAAGGUGGCUGCGGCUCGGACGUUUUCUUCGCGAGCACUUUGAUCCAUAUGUAUUGCAAGUGUGGGAGCCUGGAAGAUGCUAGAGCCGCGUUCCAGCGAAUGCAGCGCUUGGACGUGGUGUCCUGGAACGCUCUCAUCCUGGGACACGUUGAGAAUGGCGAGAGCCAGCGUGCACUCGAGAUCUUCGGCGGCAUGAAGAGGAUCGAGAGACAUCGCCGCUGCUCGCCGAACGCUCGGACUUUCGUUGCUGCGCUCAUGGCCUGCUCCAGCCUGGCUGCACAAGAAGCUGGCAAACAGGUUGACGGGAAGCUCGUGAAGCCGGAGAGUUUGCAGAGAGGGAUGGAUGUACAUUCGCAAGCGGUGCAGUGUCGCUGCGAAACGGAGCUUUUCGUGGCCACCACCUUGAUCGACAUGUAUUCGAAGUGCGGGAGCAUGGUCGAAGCCCGAAAGUGCUUCGACAAGAUGCCCAGCCGCAACGUCGUUACGUGGAAUUCUCUCAUCCUGGGCUACGCGGAGAACGGUGACGGUGAGCAGGCCUUGCAAGCCUUCCGGCGGAUGAAAGCCAACAAACGUCUCGUGCCGGACACUCGAACUUACGCUGCAGUGCUGAUGGCCUGUGGCAGCAUGGCGUCGCUUGAAACCGCGAGAGACGUCCAUAGCGAGAUUCGUGGUCUCGGGCUCGACCAAGAUGGAUUCAUCGCCAACUGCUUGGUGGACUGCUACUGCAACUGUGGGAGCUUGGAAGAGGCAACACAGGUUUUUGACGCGCUGGGCAGCAAGAACGUUGUCUCCUGGAGCUCGCUCAUAGCAGGAUACAGCCGCCACGGCCACGUAAAACAGGCUCUCGACUUGUUCCAGAAGAUGCAAGACGGUGGCUUCCAGGCGGACAAGAUGACCUUCACGUCCAUCCUCACGGCUUGCAGCCACGCCGGACUGGUGGAAAAAGGGAAGGAGCUGUUCGAGCUUAUGGCCUCCAAGCACGGCGUGGAGCCGGACAUGGACCACUACCACUGCAUGAUCGAUCUUCUAGGCCGCGCAAACCAUCUGGAGGAGGCAGUGGCGAUGGCGGAGGGAAUGCCGUUUGAUCCAAAUGCCGUGACUUGGAAGACGGUGCUGGGGGCGUGCCAGAAGUGGAACAACGUCCGGAUCGCGAGGGUGGCGUUUGAGAGGCUGCGGCAAGUCGACGGGGAGCAAGCGGCGCCGUACGUUCUCAUGGCAAACAUCUUUGGAAGCUCGAUCUCGUCCAGCGACAAGUCUUGCUCCAACUGCUCGACGAGGAAGACUAGCAUCAAAUCGAUGGACUUGGGUGUGGCCUUGUUCCUCCUUAGCGUCGGCUUGACCACACUGUCACUUCUCAUCGGGAGAAUUCUAUCUUCGCAGCGGCGGCUCCCUCCAGGUCCCUUCUGUUUCCCCAUUUUUGGAGCACUCUUCUCCCUCCAGGAGCCACUCCACCAGCACUUUGCGAAGAUCAGCAAGAAGUAUGGGCCGAUUGUCUUCCUCAAGGUCGGAAUGGUCCCGUUUGUGGUGGUGACCGACAAGGAAAUGGCAGCGCAGGUUCUUAAGGCCCACGACCUCGAGUUUGCAAGCCGACCGGACGAAGAGUUCUUUCGGAUCGUCAGCCACGACUGGAACGAUCUUAUCCUGGCGCCCAUCGGUGAGAAGUGGAAGACAAUGAGGAGGAUUUGUAGCACACACCUGUUUAACAACAGUACGCUAAAGGCUAGCGCAGGAUUCCGGGAGUCGGAGAUGAAGCAUGCAGUCAAGGCCAUUUUCCAGCAUUCCGGGACAACGAUCAAGCUGCAAGAGGUUUUGAGCAAUCUCGCGUCAAAUUCACUAUGCCUGGUUCUUUUUAGCAAGCGGGGGGUGGAAGUGGUGGAUCUCAUCCGGAACAUACUCGGUCUAAGCUUGAACUUGAACAUUGGAACCCUGCUUCCGGCACUCGACUGGCUGGAUCUUCAUGGAGUCUACAAGAAGCUCAACACGGAGCUCGUACCUCGCCUUAAGCUCGUGCUGGAAGAUCAAAUCGACAAGCAUCGACGCAGGAAAGAUGAAGCUGGGGAUACAUUCGUCCCUCAGGACUUCACCGACGUUCUUAUAUCUCUCGAGGACAAGGAUAAGCUGUCAAACAUCUCCAUCUUGGCACUGCUCUCGGACAUGGUUAUUGCAGGGUUGGAAACUUCACUAGUGACGCUCGAGUGGACGAUGGCGGAGCUCAUAAACCAUCCCCAAGUCAUGUCCAAGGCUCAAGAGGAGAUCGACAGCGUUGUAGGGACAGCUCGCGCGGUGCAAGAGUCCGACCUUCCAAACCUUCCAUACAUCGAAGCCAUUGUCAAGGAAUCACUGCGUCUCCACCCGGCGGUGCCACUGGGCGCUCCUCACAUGAAUCCCAAGCCUGUCAAGCUGGGAGGCUACACCAUCCCUGGCGGCUGCAAGGUUCUCGUAAACAUAUGGGCCAUUGGACGCGAUCCCGCUCGCUGGUCCGACCCAGAAGCGUUCCAGCCGGAGCGCUUUCUCGGCUCCUCCAUCUCUCCCAACGGGCAGAACUUUGACUUCCUUCCAUUCUCAUCGGGGAGGAGAGUUUGUGUUGGCUAUCCACUCGCGAUGAGAUCCAUCCCUUUUUUCGUGGCCAGUUUGCUCCAGGCAUUCGAUUGGAGUCCUGCUAACCCGAGCGGGAUCGACAUGGAAGAAUGCACGAGAAGUACAACUAUGAAGCUGAAUGCUGACUUGCUUGUAAACGCGCGAAUUACCGCAAUACCAGUGAGUUUAGAGCACUUGAAGUAUGAAGUCUUCACGAUUGUACCAGUCAAGCGCCAGGGGUCCCCGGGACUCCAUUCUAGCGCUGUUGCCAAUGGCCUUGUCAGUAUCUUUGCGAAAUGCGGCAGCGUGGCGGAUUCUCGCGCCACGACGUGGUGUCCUGGAAUUCGCUGGUCCUGGGGUACGCUGAGAAUGGCGAGCCGGAAGCAGCAAUGGACGUCUUCGAUCGCACGAAGAGAGUAUUUCACGGUUGACAAUCGGACCUAUGUUGCGGCCCUCAUGGCGUGCAUUGAUCUGGGGGCACAGGAAGAGAUCAAGCGGCAGCACGGGAAGAAAUCUCUGGAAAGAAUGGUGGUUCUAGAGAAGGGUCGAGAGAUCCAUGCUCAAGCUUCCAGCGCUGGCUAUGGAUCCAACAUCUACGUUGCAAACACGCUCAUCAACAUGUACUCGAAGCUUGGGUGCCUUGCGGAGGCUCGAGAGGUGUUCGACCGGAUUGGAAAGGAGGAGAAGAGCGUUGUGUCGUGGACCGCGAUGAUGAUGGGGUCGCUCAUGGCCUGUGCUGGAUUGGCCGAGAAAGCUGAUGGGAGUGACAAGGCCGAAUAUCUUGAGAAGGGACGAGCGAUUCAUUCACAAGCUGUGAAAGGUGGCUGCGGCUCGGACGUUUUCUUCGCGAGCACUUUGAUCCAUAUGUAUUGCAAGUGUGGGAGCCUGGAAGAUGCUAGAGCCGCAUUCCAGCGAAUGCAGCGCUUGGACGUGGUGUCCUGGAACGCUCUCAUCCUGGGACACGUUGAGAAUGGCGAGAGCCAGCGUGCACUCGAGAUCUUCGGCGGCAUGAAGAGGAUCGAGAGACAUCGCCGCUGCUCGCCGAACGCUCGGACUUUCGUUGCUGCGCUCAUGGCCUGCUCCAGGCUGGCUGCAAAAGAAGCUGGCAAGCAGGUUGACGGGAAGCUCGUGAAGACGGAGAGUUUGAAGAGAGGGAUGGAUGUACAUUCGCAAGCGGUGCAGUGUCGCUGCGAAACGGAGCUUUUCGUGGCCACCACCUUGAUCGACAUGUAUUCGAAGUGCGGGAGCAUGGUCGAAGCCCGAAAGUGCUUCGACAAGAUGCCCAGCCACAACGUCGUUACGUGGAAUUCUCUCAUCCUGGGCUACGCGGAGAACGGUGACGGUGAACAGGCCUUGCAAGCCUUCCGGCGGAUGAAAGCCAACAAACGUCUCGUGCCGGACACUCGAACUUACGCUGCAGUGCUGAUGGCCUGUGGCAGCAUGGCGUCGCUUGAAACCGCGAGAGACGUCCAUAGCGAGAUUCGUGGUCUCGGGCUCGACCAAGAUGGAUUCAUCGCCAACUGCUUGGUGGACUGCUACUGCAACUGUGGGAGCUUGGAAGAGGCAAAACAGGUUUUUGACGCGCUGGGCAGCAAGAACGUUGUCUCCUGGAGCUCGCUCAUAGCAGGAUACAGCCGCCACGGCCACGUAAAACAGGCUCUCGACUUGUUCCAGAAGAUGCAAGACGGUGGCUUCCAGGCGGACAAGAUGACCUUCACGUCCAUCCUCACGGCUUGCAGCCACGCCGGACUGGUGGAAAAAGGGAAGGAGCUGUUCGAGCUUAUGGCCUCCAAGCACGGCGUGGAGCCGGACAUGGACCACUACCACUACAUGAUCGAUCUUCUAGGCCGCGCAAACCAUCUGGAGGAGGCAGUGGCGAUGGCGGAGGGGAUGCCGUUUGAUCCAAAUGCCGUGACUUGGAAGACGGUGCUGGGGGCGUGCCAGAAGUGGAACAACGUCCGGAUCGCGAGGGUGGCGUUUGAGAGGCUGCGGCAAGUCGACGGGGAGCAAGCGGCGCCGUACGUUCUCAUGGCAAACAUCUUUGGAAGCUCGAUCUCGUCCAGCGACAAGUCUUGCUCCCACUGCUCGACGAGGAAGACUUAA